ACUACGUUUUAGUUCGAAUUAUCUCGGAAUCAUCUUUGUUUGUAUUUUGGCUGUCAAGUCAAAAUGUAUGUUUCGGAUACAAGCAUAUUUCCUCAUUCAGGACUAAGAGUGCGAAUAACAAAUAUGAACGGACAGGAUUUCAUUACAGAGCUUAAAUCUGAUAUGAAGAUAGAUGAGUUAAAGAUAAUAUCAUUGAGUCAUUUUUCAAGUCCUGCAGAGAGUAUGAAAAAAUCCCUAUAUCAUCGUAUUCUUAUGGUGCGUACCGGAAAAGUCUUGUCAGAAGAGAGAACCGUAUUUGAAGAAGAAAUCCAAAAUAAUGAUGAACUCCUCCUUUUGAAGAAAAGGAUGCCAGCCAUGAACUUUGACACCAAAGACCGCACAGCCAGUCAGAAAGAUGAUUCCAAGAAAGUUCCAACUGAAGACAUAAUAAACAAAUUGACAUCAACACUGCCAAAUCCACAACCAGCCAAAGCAUUAGAACAACCAGCCAUCACUGUGGAUUUUCAGACAGAGCUACGAAAAAUACUGAUUUCUUUGAUAGAGGCAGCACAGAAAAUCUUGGAACUAAAUUCAGAGGCUUCCAAGAUAUUCAAGCAAGCUGAAGAGAUGCUGAAUGAACCCACACAAACAGAGCAGGAAAUUGAUGCUGCAGCAUUGAAAAAGCUUUGUGACAUGGGAUUUCCUCAAAACAGAGCAAAGAAAGCCCUUUUGCUCAAUAGCAUGUCAGUAACAUCUGCCAUGGAGUGGCUGAUCCAGCAUGAAUCUGACCCUGACAUUGAUGAACCACUGCCAGGAACCUCCACAUCUAAGGAAGAAGGUGCAGUUGGUGGGAGGGAAGAGAACUCUUUUACAACCAAUGGUCAUCAAACCACCAACAUUUUACAGUCCCUGAGAGAGUAUCGUAGACGAGAGUUCAAACCUAACCACACAGUAUUGCAAAACCUGAUUGAGAUGGGCUUUGAUGAAAAAGAUGCAUUGGAGGCCCUUCGUAUCAGCAGAAACAACCAAAAUGAUGCUUGCGAGUGGUUGCUAGGGGAGAAGAAGACAAGUUCACAAGAUUUAGAUGAGGGAUUGGACACAAAUGGUGCCGUCUACAAAGCCAUCAUGGCUAACCCACAAGUGCAAUUAGGACUCAACAAUCCGAGAUGUCUAUUAGCUUUCUUACAAAUGCUAGACAGUCCCCUGGCAACACAGCAAUGGUUAUCUGACCCUGAUACUGGUCCACUUUUGGUGCAGGUGUCCAGGAUUUAUCAUGCAGAAAAACAUGCUGAAAUGUGACAUUAUUGCUCCCUUCAAUUUGCUGCUGAACAUUGACAUUUUUAAUUGUCGCCAUCUUCUGUGAUAUCAUUUUAUGUUACUUUGGUCUGUUUUAUUCUUCCCUUGUGCUGCUUUUUAAUUACCUGUAUUUAUCUGUGCUAUAAAUGUUGUAAACAAAAUUACAAUAUAUGGAUUUAAUGUAACAUAAUAUUGCUGCUGAAUCAUCUCAUUGAACAAGAGUUAAACAUUUUGUUUUUGUU